AUGGCUGAGAUAUCCCGUAAUACUCCCCAUACUUCUCCUCCACAACGAGACCAGAACCCUACCAGAGGCAAUCGGAGACAACGUGGCGGCGCAUCAGCCAACGUGCGUACAGAUACCCAUCAGCGCCGCGAAAAGAGCGGCGGCAGAGGCGGCAGAGGCGGAGGAGGCAGAGGUUCGCGGGGUGCACGAGAGGGGGCACCGGAUGGAAGAAGGCAAACAAGACCACAAUCAGAAAGUCACUCUACGAUUCGGUCGGGCCAAUUCACAGAUGGGGACUACGGCGAACCACCCGGCUCAACCCCUCGGAGUGGAGGCACCUCCGGUGAUCGCCUGGCCGGAGAUGCCAAACGUACUGAGGGCGAGGGCGCGGCUGUGACUGCAGCUGCCGCGAUGGAUGAGGAGGCGGAUACCGGCGAAGUGUGCUUUAUCUGUGCGUCGAGUAUCGACCAUACUGCCGUUGCGCCUUGUAACCAUCGGACAUGCCAUAUUUGUGCGUUGCGAUUGAGGGCCCUGUAUAAAACUAAGGCUUGCGCGCACUGUCGGACUGAGUGGCCGUUCGUAAUUUUUACCGAUGAUCUGGUAAAGAAAUUCGAAGAUUUCAGAGACAAUGACUUCAUCCGUACGGACGACAACUUGGGAAUUAAAUAUGAAACAAACGAUAUUUUUGAAGACACGGUUUUGCUCCUGAGGUAUAACUGCCCGGAUACCGAGUGCGAUGUCGCAUGUCUGGGAUGGCCAGACCUACAUCGCCAUGUAAAGAGCCAGCAUCACAAGGUUAUGUGUGAUUUAUGUACUCGAAAUAAGAAGGUGUUUACUCAUGAACAUGAGCUCUUUUCGAUGACCCAACUGCGGAAACAUGAGAAAUACGGAGACGAUAACCCUGGCGCAAUUGAUCAAAGCGGUUUCAAAGGUCAUCCAGAGUGCGGAUUUUGCCGACAGAGGUUCUAUGGGGAUGAUGAACUUUACACGCACUGUCGAGAUAAGCAUGAGCGAUGCCAUAUCUGUGACCGGCGCAAUGGAUCCCGGCAGCACCAGUAUUAUAUCAACUACAAUUCCCUCGAGGACCAUUUCAACAAGGAUCACUUCCUCUGCCUUGACAAGGAGUGCUUGGAGAAGAAGUUUAUAGUCUUUGAAUCACAAUUGGAUUUAAAAGCCCACCAAUUAGAGUGCCAUCCAGCCGGGCUCUCCAAGGAUGCAAGGAGAGAUGCAAGAACAGUUGAUUUAUCCACUUUCGACUAUAGAACUCCCUACCAACCACAGCGGGGUGGAAGAGAGGGAAGAGGUGCAGGAAGAGGACGUGAUCCUAAUGCAGAAACUCUCCCUGUAUCCAGCGCGCAACCUUUGAGACGGGACGAGCUGGCUUACCAAAGACAAAUCGCCAUCCAAAGCGCUCAAUCUGUCACUAGCAGGACAUUCGGCGGCCAACUCACACCCAGCGGGUCUCAGACAGUUCGCGUGCCACCUCAAUCAGCUGCUCCCCCUCCCUCCUCCACCCCAGCGACUCUUCUUCCCGCUUUCGAAGCGCUAGACCUUGGCCGUCCCAAUGUGACACCCUCUACUCCCCAGGAACAAGCCCGCAAAAUUGCACAUGGCGCUGUGAUGGCCCGUGCGACAUCUCUCCUGCGCAAUGACUCACUCAAAGUAUCCGAAUUCCGCAACAAAGUGUCUUCCUACCGCACUGGUGCUAUCAACGCCCCCUACCUGAUAGAAUCCUUCUUCUCACUUUUCGACGCUUCAUCUAGCGAACUAGGCACUCUAAUAAAGGAGCUUGCCGAACUCUACGACGACAACUCGAAACGCACUGCCCUUCUCAAAGCUUGGAAUGACUGGCGCGCCAUAAAUGAAGACUACCCCGCCCUACCCGGGCCCAACGGGGUGCUAUCAAAUACCAGUCCAAGUACCAGCGGCGGUGGAAAACGCGUGCUACGCCUAAAGUCGUCGACGGCGCAAUCCUCGCGCUCGGCUGUCGGGCGCAGCGGAAGCCUCUUAGGAACAUCAAACGGCAUCAGCACCAGCAGUAAUCCAUUUCCGCCCCUUGGUGGACCCACUGGCGGUAGGAACGCACGAACAUCAGCAUCACCUUGGUCGACUGUAACCCCUCCAUCUCGUUCAGCAGGGAGUUCACCGGCCCCUUCCCGCCCGUCUCUAUCAAGUGGUCCCAAAUCUGCCACGACCGCAGCUCCCUUCACACGAGGCACUAACGCGGACGCCUUUCCAGCGCUCCCUGCAGCUCCGAAACCCAACACCCUCAUGGCGGGACUGACGCGUGGUACGGUUCGAUGGGGCGGUACAUCGUCAGGCAAUGCGGCACCUUCUCCAUGGGGCAGGGGAGGGGUUAAUCCUACUCCUGCGGAGGCUGUAAGUGAAGGAGAAACGGGUGAUGGUGGGGAAGGAGGUGGCAAGAAGGGAAAAGGGAAGAAAGGGAAGCAGGUGCUAUAUCAUUUUGGGUAGGAGAAUGAGCUCUGGUAUGCACAACGGCGUGGUGAGAUGUGGGGGACAACAAUAUUCUUCCCGUUGAUCGCUUCCAAGCUUGAUUUUGCUUCGGAAUUUAUAUAGCACCUGGGGAUUGUCCAUCUCCGGUCGAUCUUUACAUAAUCGGAAAAACAAUUCUUGAUCUGUAUCUUUUAUUUGGCUGGCGAAGAGAAUGACAAUGUGCCUGUGCGUGUACGGGCUGCAUGUUUUAUUCAUCCCUCCGUAAUGUUGCACCAAUCCAAUAUAAGCUGAAGUUCUGUGGAGGAUCUCAACUCUACUACGGUUCAAUACCUUAUUUUUUAAAUACACAGAUGGAGAAUAC